GGUUUUAUUUUUCUUUAUAAUCACUGCAUUUUCAUUUAGGGCAAAAUCAAGCUCUCUCCGCCCCACCAGACUCCUCUCUCGCUCUACAAUGGCAAAGAGAACCAAGAAGGUCGGUAUUGUUGGGAAAUAUGGCACCCGAUAUGGUGCUAGUUUGAGGAAGCAAAUCAAGAAGAUGGAAGUCAGCCAGCACAGCAAGUACUUCUGUGAGUUUUGCGGCAAGUACGCUGUGAAGAGGCAGGCUGUUGGCAUCUGGGGUUGCAAGGACUGUGGCAAAGUGAAGGCUGGUGGUGCCUACACAAUGAACACUGCCAGUGCCGUGACUGUCAGGAGCACCAUCAGAAGGUUGAGGGAGGCCACCGAGAGUUAGAUUUUAGUGAAGACUAAGAUUUAUAUGUAGUGAAUUUUGGCUCUGAAUUGUUAUCCUUUCUUUCAAUCAAAGCAAGUUUAGACUCAUGUGUGAAACCUUACUUUUCUUUAAUACCGAGGUUGAUUUUUUGUCUA